GUGACUGGUAGAGAGAGCCGGAUCAGUUGGCAUUACUCCGGAGUAUUCAAGUGUGGCCAUGCCGCGACAGGGCAAGAUCGCGGGGCUUCUCAACCCGGACGCCGCGGCCUCGGACCGCAAGCUGCGCCACGAGCGCGCCAAGCAGCGCUACGACGACGAGGUUGCAUCCCUCCGCGCCAAGCUGGCCGAGCUCACAGAGCAGCUCGAGGCGCUGACAACGGCGCGCGCUGGCCCGCGCAAGUCGCAGUCGGUCUGGGAAGGCUUUGCGCGGCGCCAAGUCAUCGAGCACCAAGAAGCGCUGCGCGAAAACACAAAGCUCAAGCACCAGAUCGAGUUGCACAUGGAGCUGCUCCAGCGCCUCCAAGGCGUCCUCGCGCAGGACCGGCACGACCUCCUCCAGCUGCCGUCGUUGGACCCGAGCGCUGUCGUGAGCCUCAGUUUAGACCCGAGCGCGCGCCGCGCCACAGUCCACGCGGUCUUGGACCAGCAGUUUGCGCAGCUGCCGGCGACGUACCAAAAGCACGGGCUGACGUCGUCCCUCGACACGUGGAAGCAGAUCGUCGUGCGCCAGGGCCGCCACGAGAUCGCACUCGAGAUCUCGUACAACCUCCUCGUGCAUGCCUCACCCAGCGCCGUCGGCGACGCGCUCUGCGAAAUCUUUGCGCCGGCCCAGCGCCGCGUCGUCAGCAACGGCUCCGCGCAGUUGCUCGAGUCGUUUGACGCGACUACGCACUUGCUUGAGCGCGUGUACGCGGUGCCAGGGCAGCGCGCAAUCAACACACACCUUGCGACCAAGAGCUAUCGGAGUGUCGACGGAGGCCACGCCUUUGUGCAGCAAGCGAUUGGCCACGACGCCCUCUUCCCGCUGCCACCCGACACGGUCAUCGUCCGCGACGUCAUCUUUACAACAGUCGAGCGCUGCGAAGGCGGCGACGCCCGCUGGAAGUCGUUCCGACACGUGCACAUCCCGCUCGAUGCGAAUGCGGGUGGCGACCUUGUCGAGAAGCUCCUCUCGUGCUACGGCGACUCGAUCGAGGUGUUGACGAAAGCGCUGCACCGAGUGCUGCGGUCGCCGCGCGACCUCGUCGAGUCCCAAGGCGACUUAAUCACCUUCAACCAUAAUUAUCAAUGAUGAUCACCUCAUCGCGCUGGA